CGUCAAAGGUCAUUGGUGCUUGUAAAUUGGGACUAGAAGAGAAGUUUAUUUAUACAAUAGUGUUGUGUUGUUCCAUUUUUAUCCAUUUGAUUGGAGGCUACGGUUUUUUAAAUCGUUUUGAUGUGAAAAAUGUGUAACGUGCUCUCAGAUUUAUUUGUUCUUUAUCAUCAAGGGUUUAUUUCUCCAAUAAUUGUGAAAGCCCAAUAGACAUACACCGACAUAUAUGACUCUUCCUCUCUGAUUACUAGUUUUGAGUAAAAUGCACCGAGGUCUCCGAGCCAGCAGCAAAGGCAGUACCUCUGACCUGGGCGUAGGCUACCUUUCGAAGCAGUACGACGGGAAGAUAGCUGGUCUGUAUGACUUGGAGGAAACCCUUGGACGUGGACAUUUCGCUGUUGUGAAACUUGCCAGGCAUGUUUUCACUGGAGAAAAAGUCGCUGUCAAAGUCAUCGACAAAAGUAAACUCGAUGAAGUAUCCAGAGCUCAUCUGUUCCAAGAAGUUCGGUGCAUGAAACUCGUUCAGCAUCCCAACGUAGUUCGACUCUAUGAGGCUAUUGACACGGCAACUAAACUCUAUCUGGUGCUGGAACUUGGAGAUGGAGGGGAUUUGUACGAAUACAUCAUGCGGCAUGAAACAGGUCUCCCGGAAGAAGUGGCAAAAGAGUACUUCAGUCAGAUAGUGAGGGCCAUAUCCUACUGUCAUCAGUUGCAUGUGGUCCACAGAGAUCUGAAACCGGAGAACGUGGUGUUUUUUAAAAAGCAAGGCAUUGUCAAGUUGACAGAUUUCGGUUUUAGUAAUAAGUUUUAUCCCGGACAAAAAUUAGAAACUUCUUGUGGUAGUUUAGCUUAUUCAGCUCCAGAAAUACUCUUGGGGGAUUCUUAUGAUGCACCCGCUGUCGAUGUAUGGUCUUUAGGAGUAAUACUAUAUAUGUUAGUUUGUGGCCAAGCUCCCUUCCAGGAAGCCAAUGAUUCCGAAACGCUUACAAUGAUUAUGGACUGUAAAUAUGAUAUUCCUGCACAUGUGUCGCAAAAUUGCCGCCAAUUGAUAUCAAGAAUGUUGCUGAGAAAUCCAGAAAAGAGAGCAACAUUAGAGGAAAUAUCCAAACACCCUUGGCUCAGUGGCAGCAAACAUGAUUCUACUGACUUUACACCUCUUGUUUUGAAGGAGCAGCUUUCCGAAGAUGAUCACAAUUUUAUCCUUCAGAAAAUAGUCAAUGGAGAUAUAGCUACAAAAGAGGAAGUACACGAAUCUUUAGAUAAAAAUGAGUACAAUCACAUCACAGCUACAUAUUAUCUCUUGGCCGAGAGAAAAUUAAGGUACAAAAGACAAGAACAUGUCAAUAGAAGCAAGAGACCUGAAGAACUGGCCGUAUUUCCCAAUGCCCAAGUAUCAAAAAACGAUAAUUCCACAAGUAUUAUUACACCUAGUUUGUUAAAUGUUCCUCGUACGCCAGGAGAUAUACCUCAG